UACGCCAAUCAACUCAAAGAAAAAGAGACGAAGAGUGUGGCUGAAAAGUGAGACAAGCCACACGAUUAGCAGGAGAAUUUCAUGCCAGUGGGAAGAUAUUUAUCCACUUGUUUGAUCACAGAAGAUGUCUUCACUCCUCAAGGUGGACAGGGAAAUUAAAACCAAGGUUGAUGCUUUCAGGGAACGUAUCACAGCAGAAGCAGAGGAUUUAGUGGCAACCUUUUUCCCCAAAAAGUUACUGGAACUUGAUCACUUCCUCAAGGACCCCUGCAUAAACAUUGUUGAUCUGAAAGAGAUUCACUCAGAGAUCAACCUCACCGUCCCGGACCCCAUCUUGCUUUCAAACCUCCAUGACGGAUUGGAAGGGCAAAAUGCUAAGAAGAGAAAGUUGGAAGAUGGAAGUGGAGAAGACAAAGUCACCGGCACUAAGGUCUUCGUCAUGCCGGGUGGGAUGAUGAAGUGUAAUGAGAACCUUGUUGAGCUCAUUGAAAAGGUCAAGCCAGAGAUCAGGACGCUCAUAGAGAAAUGCAACACAGUGAAAAUGUGGGUUCAGCUCCUCAUUCCCAGGAUAGAGGAUGGAAACAACUUUGGGGUUUCCAUCCAGGAGGAGACGGUUGCUGAACUGAGAACAGUUGAAGGAGAGGCGGCCUCUUAUCUCGACCAGAUAUCGAGAUAUUACAUCACAAGAGCAAAGCUGGUUUCUAAAAUAGCCAAAUAUCCUCACGUGGAGGACUAUCGGCGCACAGUCACAGAAAUUGAUGAGAAGGAGUACAUCAGUCUGAAGAUCAUAGUGUCAGAGCUCCGAAAUCAAUACGUAACGUUACACGACAUGAUCCUAAAGAACAUAGAGAAAAUCAAGAGGCCUCGAAGCAGUAACGCUGACGCAUUGUACUGAUCAUCGAGCCAAAUCAGCUGCACCCCUGGUUCCCCUUUGGUAUCUGUUCGUCUGCAGGACUACAGCGACACAUUCUUCAACUUCAAUACAAUCAACCCAGCCCUCCAUGAAUUCAUAGCUACAUAAAUGGACUUAAGCUCUUAUUAUUAUUUUUUCUUUCAUUGUAAGUUGUUUUUUGCUUGUUUUAAACCCUUAAAAAAAAAUCCCUCAGUAAAUGAGGAAACGAAUCGUAUAGCGAUGUGUGUUUUUCAAUUUUAAUUAAACAUUUUGUCCUCGGA